AUGAAUAUAUUGUCGUUCAAAUUAUUCCUUGUAUUAAUAAUAUCAUUCUCAAAGGUAUAUUCUUUCACUGAUUAUCUAUUAAAAGAUUGUGAUAAGGAUUCAUUUUGUCAUAGAAAUAGACAUUAUGCUAGAGAACAAGCCAAAUCCUUGCAUAAAGGUAUUUAUACUUUAGAUAAACAAAGUAUUCAAAUAACUGAAGAUAAUGUUUUUACUGCUAAUUUAAUUAAAACUGUCAAUGACAUUGACAUCAUUUUACCUCUUCAAUUAUACCUUUUAAAUGAUCCAUUGAGUGCUAUUAGAUUCACCAUAGAUGAAAAAAGACAGAAUUGUACUGAAGAAAAAGUUAGUUGUCAAAGGUAUAAUCAGACUUGGAAUUGGGCUACACUCCUUCAGUACCAUAACACUAGCUUAUCUAGUAAUAAAUUACACUGGGAAUUUUCAAAGGAAAGCUCAAAACAUGGUUGGUUUUCCUCAAAACACGGAGAUGAUGAUGAAGUAAUUAUUAUUCAAAAUGCAAAUAAAUUCAAAGAUAUCAAGAUUAAAUUAACCGUCAAAGAUUUCCAAAUGAUGGUUUAUUAUAAAGAUACAUUAGAAAUCAUCGUUAAUGAAAGAUAUCUAUUAAAUUGGGAACAUUACAGACGUAUCGAUAACAAUGACCAAAAUGUCUUACCCUUUGAAUCCACCUUCAAUAUGUUUACUGACGAUUUCCAAUAUUCUAAAUCAGAUACUAUCCCAUUAGGCCCUGAAUCUGUUGCUCUCGAUUUCACUUUUAUUAAUUAUGGUAAUGUUUACGGAAUUCCAGAACAUGCAGAUUCUUUGAAAUUAAAAGAUACUUCUUCUACUAAUACUGUUAUUUCAAAAGAUAAAGAAUCUUCCUCACAGAGAAAGACAAGUGACCCUUAUAGACUUUUCAAUACUGAUGUAUUUGAGUAUAAUGUCGAUUCAAAACAACCAAUGUAUGGCUCCAUUCCGUUUAUGAUCGCUGCUAGACCUGGAUCGUCUAUGGGUAUUUUGUGGUUAAACCCAUCAGACACCUGGAUCGAUAUCAAUUACCAUUACCACAAUAAACUUAAUGACACUAAAACACAUUGGAUCUCAGAAAAUGGAAUAAUCGAUGUUACUCUAUUUUUUGGUGAUCAUCCAAAGGAUAUUACAAACCAGUAUAUCCAAUUAACAGGGUCACCAGUAUUACCACAACUUAGUGCUAUUGGUCAUCAUCAAUGUAGAUGGAAUUAUAACAACGAAUUGGACGUACUUAACGUACAAAAAAACAUGGAUGAUGGCCAUUUCCCAUUUGAUUUUAUUUGGUUGGAUUUGGAAUACACUGAUCAAAAAAAAUUUUUCACAUGGAAUCUAGAUGCAUUUCCCAACCCAACAAGACUCCUAAAAAAAUUAAAUAAAUUAGGUAGACAAUUAGUAAUAUUGAUUGACCCACAUCUAAUGGCUAAAUAUGAGGUUAGUAGAAAGAUAGUCAAGUCUGGUAGUCAAGUUAGGGAUCAUGUAGGGAGAACUUUCUUUGGUGAUUGUUGGCCAGGUAGAUCAAUUUGGAUUGAUACUAUUAGUAAACUUGGACAAUUUGAUUGGUCUAAUUUGUUCAACGAUUUCAUUAAUAAAUGGUUACCACAGAUUGAUAUUAAUUGGAAUAAUUUGCAUUUUUGGAAUGAUAUGAAUGAACCUUCUAUAUUUUCCGGUCCAGAGACAACUGCACCAAAGAAUCUUUUACAUGAUAGAGAUAUAGAAGAAAGAUCCAUUCAUAAUUUAUAUGGAUUAAGUGUUCAUGAGACUACUUACAAAGCAGUUAAAGAAAUAUAUAAGAAUCUAACCAGACCAUUUAUCUUAACAAGAUCCUUCUUCGUCGGUUCACAACGUUCUGCCGGUUCAUGGACUGGUGAUAAUGUAGCUAAUUGGGAUUAUUUAAGAAUCUCCAUCCCUAUGAUUUUAACUAAUAAUAUUGUGGGUAUGCCUUUUAUUGGUGCUGAUAUAGCUGGGUUUUCUGGUGACCCAGAUCCAGAAUUAAUUGUCCGUUGGUAUCAAGCUGGUUUGUGGUAUCCAUUCUUUAGAGCUCACGCUCAUAUUGAUACAAAAAGAAGAGAACCAUACCUUUUUGAAGAAACAGUUAAAAAUAUUGUAAGAAAUGCAAUUCAAUUAAGAUACAAAUUAUUGCCAACUUUUUACACCGCUUUUCACAAAGCCAGUAUCACUGGCUACCCAAUUAUGUGUCCUAUGUUUUAUGAAAAAUCUACUUUUAUUGAAAUGUACAAUAUCGAUGACCAAUUCUAUCUAAGUGAUUCGGGUAUAGUUGUGAAGCCAAUUGUCUCCUCUAAUACAAGAAACACUUCAAUGAUUUUAGCUCCUGGAAUAUACUAUGAUUUAGAAAGUCUAGAACCUAUUGUUGUAUCUGGUGAUAAUAUUCAGGCUGUUAAUAUGAAUAUUCCUUUGUCCAAAAUACCUGCUUUCAUUGAGGGAGGACAUAUUAUUGUAAGAAAAGAUAGAUAUAGAAGAAGUUCACAAUUAAUGUUACAGGAUCCAUACACAAUUGUAAUUGCACCUAAUAAUAACAGGGAAGCUUUUGGGAAGUUAUAUGUGGAUGAUGGUAAAUCUUUCCAAUAUGAAGAAGGUCAAUACUUGGAGACUAAUUUCCAAUUAAAUAAUGGCAUUAUUAAAAAUCAACCAAAUCAUGUUCCAAACUUAUCAGAAAAUAUUCGUACUACUUUUGGAAACACAUUGAUUGAAACAAUCAUUAUUCCAACUAGUGAAAAAAGUACUCUUAGUAUAGGAAAACGAGUUAAAGUAAAACAAAAUGAAACAGAAUGGUACGUUGAUGUUACUAAAGAGAAUCAUCUAAUAAUAAUACAAAAUCCACUCGUUUACUUUGAAAAUGAAUGGGAAAUAAUUUUUUAA